AUGAAGUUCACCACCACUCUCCUGGCACUCCUCGCCAACAGCCUCUCCUCCCUCACUAGCGCAACCCCCUUCCUCGCCCCUCGCGCCGGCAACCAGACCCUCCCAUCCAAGACCAUCUUCCAGUUCAACGAGACGGGGACCUGGUUCGAGAACCUAUCCGUGCGCCCCAACGGGGACCUCGUACUCACGAGCCUGCAGCCCAGCGCGCAGCUCUGGACCCUCAAGGCGCCCUGGUCGCCCCACCCGCAGAUCAGCCUCGUGCACACGUUCGAGGGCGGGAAACCGGGGCUCGUCGGGAUCGCGGAGACGAAGCCUGACGUCUUCGUCGUCAUCGGCGCCGAGUUCAAGGGCGAGGGCGACCCCGUCCCGGGGACUUUUGCUGUCUACGAGGUCGCGUUCCACCAGCACUACGGGGGCGCGGAGAACGCGACGAUGACGCGCAAGAUCACUGAUUUCCCCGAGGCCAAGCUCGCGGGCGGCGUGGCGCCCGUGCCGGAGUCCGGGAACACCGUCGUGCUCAUCGGCGAUAGCUACGCCGGCUCGCUGUGGCGCCUGGACACGGUGACAGGCAAAUACGAGUCCGUCCUCGCGAUAGCGCAGAUGGCGGCCCCGGCCGGCGCCGCGCUGCCGUUCGGCAUCAACGGCGUGAAAGUUCGCGACGGGUACGUGUACUGGAGCAACUCGGCCUUGGUGUCGCUUUACCGCGCCAAGAUCGAUGAGAAGGGUUACCCCGUGGCCAACGCGACGGUCGAGAAGAUAGCGACGCUGGAUUCGGAUUUCGUGGACGACUUCGCGUUUGAUGAGCAGGGGAUGAUUUGGGCGGCGACGAAUGGCGAUAAUAAGGUUGAUAUCGUGCGUCCUAAUGGCGUCUUCGAGACUGUGGUUGGCGGCGCGACGUCGGAUACGGUUGGUGGCGACUCGGCGGUUGCUAUGGGUAGGACAAGGGCUGAUAGGAAUACGGUGUAUGUCACCACGACGGGGACGCUGCCGGGGAACCGGACGGAGCCGGCGAAGGUCGUUGCUAUUAAUAGGGCUGGUUUCCGGUAG